AUGUCCCUCCCCUCUUUCCUGUACUCUCAGCUGUUUGUGGGACUUCCCCAACCUGAACAUGACUUCACCGGUCAAACAAUUGUCAUCACGGGUGGAAACACUGGUUUAGGACUUGAAGCAGCGCGCCACCUAUUAAGGCUGAAUGCGUCCUACGUAAUUCUUGGUGUCCGAAAUCUGUCUAAGGGCCAGGCAGCCAAGAAGGACAUUGAACAGUCUACCGGAAAGACUGGCCGAGUCGAUAUGGUCCAUUUGGACAUGGAAGAUUAUCAGUCGGUCAAAUCAUUCGCUGCAUCAGUAUCUACCCUGCCUCGUGUUGAUGUUGCCAUUUUGAAUGCGGGAAAGAUAGCGCAGGACUUUUACAUUGCAGAGAAAGAUGAGAGCACGAUUACGGUCAAUGUUGUGAGCACUAUGCUCCUGGCGUUACUACUGCUUCCCAAGUUACGCGCCUCGGCCCAAGCAGAAAUGCCAUAUCCUCGUCUGGUCAUUGUGUCGUCUGAUCGGCAUGUAAUGACGAACUUACCAGAGUGGAAAACGCCCAAUACAUUUGAAGCUUUGCGGAACAAGACCCAUUAUGGACCAGAUGAUCGAUACUAUGCUUCCAAGCUUCUUUCGGUCCUGUGUAUGCGACAGUUGGCGAAAGAAAUUACAUCAACGGACCCAAAAAUCAUUGUCAAUGGGCUGACGCCAGGAUAUUGUGUCACGAACCUUGUCACUGAUGUACAAGGAUUCUGGGGAUGGCAGCUUUACGUUAUGAAGCUGUUGUUAGCACGUACAGCAGAGCAGGGAUCUCGGUCGUUGGUCCACGCGGCUUCCUUGGGACUAGAAAGUCAUGGGAAAUAUCUGAAUGACUGCAAGAUCGAUGAGUCCGUUACCCCCCUCCUCCAAUUUGUGCUCUCUAACCUACGAUCUAGUGGCGCAUUAUCUGAGUUUGUUAGAAGCGAGGAGGGAGAUCAAGCUCAACAGAAGGUGUGGAAGGAGUUGCUCGAAAAAUUGGAGUGUAUUGUGCCUGGGGUGUCAGGGAAUGUUCAUUGA